AUGAGUGGCAAAGGGGGGCACAAACAUUUUGCCAAACCCUAUGUGGACCCAUACCUUCUCUACAAGGCUUUUCACACACAUGAAGAGCUGCUCAAAAGCUUUGGAGCAUAUGAGACAGUCUCUAGGAGCCAAGCAACUGAUGCCAAAGGUCUCAUCCACUGUCUGCCACUUCUUGAAGACCUGCUGAAAAUUUCUCCUUCUGGGGAAAUUCACCCCAACCCCCUGAGACAAAGCAUCAUGAAACUGGUACAAGAGAAACCUGCAAUGAACCAAACCGACUGGAAUUGCCAAGUAUGGACAAACAUGAGGGCUGAGAGGGUGACAGUCAUUUUGCUACACUUGAGAAGGUUGAAAUCAGAAGAAGAAAUGAGAAAGUGUGUGGGGAAACUGACAGGAAAGGAUUGCCUCCAGCUUAAAAAUUUGGAGGAGCCUCUUGACAAAAGGGGUAUGGAGGAGGGAAAAGAAGAGGAGGGAGAGGAGGGAGAGGAGGAAGAGGAGGAAGAGGAGGAAGAGGACGAAGCCUUGUUGUGCAGCAUCCUUGCCAAAAGGAUGAAGAACAACAAAGGGAAAAAAGCUGGGUCAGGCACUGUGAGCAAUGCAAGAAGGGCCAGGUUUAGAGAAGCAGGAAUGAAAAGAGAGAAUGACACUAUGGAAAAAGAAGAUGAACACUCCAAGAAGGUUGACUGGGAGAAAGACAAGAGACAUGGCAACAAGAAACCACACCUGAUGUCAGCCUUGGAGAUCAAGUAUAACUUGGCCAGCAAAGAAGAGAAGGCAGAAUUGAAAAAGGACAUGGAAAAAGAAAAACAUGCAGCUUUUGACAAAAAAGCUGUCAAACCGGAGGAUGUGAAGGAAGCAGCUGUUGACAAAACAGUUGUAAAGGAGGAGCCCACAGCAGCAGAACAGAAAGAUGCCUUGACAAAAGGCAGUGAUGCACCAGAACAGAAAGAUGCCUUGACAAAAGGCAGUGAUGCACCAAAGACUUUUGGGCCAUCCAAAGAGCAACUUAAGAAAGGGAAGGAGCCUGAGAGGAAAAAAAAGCCACCAGUGCAAGAGGUUGUGGAUUGGUGUGCUUCUAGCUCCAGUGAGUAUGAGUACUACACUGAGACUGAAAGUGAAUCUGAGGAGUCACCCCCCAAGAAAAGCAGAAGCCAGUCACCCCUUGACAAAAGGGGUCAAAAAAAAUGGGUUCAAAAAGAAAGCCCACCCUUGGCUCUGCAAGAAGCUGAAAAGGUCGCAGUGGAUUGGCACCACACCCUGGAAUGGCAUGACAAUGUGUCCCCACAAAACAUCAGGGCCUUGGAUGCUUUGAAAGAUGCUGGGUACCAGGUCUACCUUUGCAGUUUCUCAGGGUGGGACAGAGCCCAAGAAACCAAGAGACUGAGCUGGAAGGUAUGGCAGGGCUGGGAAAAGCAAAUCUACACAACAGAGAAGACUGGAAACUAUGGAAAAGCACAGGCCUGCUAUUACCACAACAUCAAAACCGUCUUUGAUGACACCUGGGAGGUCAUUGAUGAAUGCAGCAGAUGGGGUGUUGAAACAUACCCUGUGGUGUCCAAGUGGGAUGAGAAAUACUGGGAAGGGAUUGAUACCUACAGGUCCUUUGCCCAGGCUGUGCAAGCUUUCCUUGACAAAAGGUGA